AUGAGCACCAAGACUGCAACCCUGGAUGAGAGCCCACUGAGCCUAAGCGACUCGGCCGAGCUGCAGUUUGGUCUGCCAGAUGACUUUCUGCUCCCACCUCCAGCCACCGAGAUGGACAUCGAUGGAAGUUGGGGGAGUCUCGCCCAGAUGAAGACGGGAGGGUACGAGGUUCCCAUCUCCGGUGUGACUCUUGGCGCCGCGAAGUUGGCGCCCGGUCAG